AUGAUCAAUGUCAUCGCAUACGUUUUUCGAUUCAUAUCACAGCUGAGGCAUAAUCGCGAGAUUCACGCUAUUCAUUUGGAGCACAAAGAACUACAAAAAGCACGCUAUGCAUUAUUUCGUGCUAUUCAGCAGGAAUCUUUUGAAGAUACGUUUCGACGAUUGAAAACCAAUUCCCAUAAGAGGGACAAACUUAUGCAAUUAUCACCAUCUAUCGAUUCUGAGGGUGUUCUUCGUGUGGGCGGCCGUAUUGAGCGCGCUACAUUAUCUUACAAUAUAAAACAUCCUAUCAUUCUUCCGAAACAUCAUGUUAGCAGACUGAUCGUCGAAGAUCUACACAAAAUGUAUCUGCAUGUAGGGGUUAACGAGCUGUUUGUUAUCGUUCGACAGCGCUAUUGGAUUAUUGGCGCCAGAAAUAUAAUCCGGUCCGUGGUAUAUCAGUGCAAGCAAUGCUUCAUACUACGGAAGCAAACUUCUGCGCAGCGGAUGGCAGAUUUGCCAGCAGUGCGUCUGGAGCCAGCUAGAGCAUUUCUAAACUCAGGAUGUGAUUUCGCAGGACCGAUUAACAUCAAAAUGACCAACUGUAAGCGUCCAAGAAUUUGUAAAUCAUACAUAUGUCUUUUCGUAUGUUUGUCCACGAAGGCGAUCCACAUUGAAUUGGUCACUGACUUAACAGGCGAGGCCUUUAUUGCGGCAUUCAAACGCUUCACUUCGCGACGCGGCAAGUGCAGCAAUUUGUAUAGCGACAAUGGCACCAAUUUUCAUGGUGCUCAUCGCUUGUUGACGGACAUGCAUAAAAGUUUACUCAAAGAAUCUUUCAAUCAUGAAACCUAUUCUCACUUGGCUAAAUAUGGCCCACCGUGGCACUUCAUCCCACCCUCGUCGCCACAUUUAGGUGGGAUAUGGGAGUCAAACGUGAAGUCCAUUAAGCAUCAUCUACGAAGAGUGAUAGGUGAAACCCUACUAUCAUUCGAAGAGCUAUACACUUUGUUGACGCAGAUUGAAGCUAUACUGAAUAGCAGACCAUUGAGUAGUAUUUCAGACGUAGACCAAAACCCACUGACGCCAUCGCAUUUUUUAAUUGGAGAGCCAUUGACUGCCAUUCCGGAACCUACAAUAUCAACUAAAUUCUCACUGAAAUCUUCAUGGAAUCAUAUUCGCAACAUGGCACAGGGUUUUUGGAAACGCUGGAGUUUGGAGUACAUAACUUCCCUAAAACAUCGCACUAAAUGGACUACCGCUCAACCUAACAUUACAGCUGGAAAACUCGUAGUGAUCAAGGAUCCCAGCGUUCCUCCGACAAAGUGGAUGUUGGGCAAAAUCGAAGAAGUCCAUGCCGGUACCGACGGGUGCGUGAGAGUUGUCACAGUACGCACUGGAAAGGGGACUUAUAAACGACCGAUCACGAAAAUCGCCUUGCUACCAACUUCUGGCUGA